GCGCUCCCGUAGGCCCCUCUCGCCCCAGCACCGCAGCCGCCGAGCCAAGCGACUCGCCUAAAGAAACUGCCAAUUCAAUACGACGACUAAUCUCGCCGCCGCCGCCGCCGCCGCCGCCGCCGCCGGGUUCUUCAUCCGCAGGGACAGAGUUCUUCAUCUCCGCACCAAUACUUUUCUCCUUUGAUUGAUUUCUAGAGUUUAAUCCGAGGCGCUCGUCGUGUGGUGGGUUGCGCCCUAAGACCUCGCCCGGAAGGUCAGGAGGUUUAAUCUAGCUGAAGGGUUCUUCCCGCCGCUGCUCGUCGUCCCCAUUGCGGCCUUGCCGCCGGCCUGCAACCGACGGCAGGCAGGCCGGGCCUUCAUCCUCCUCCCAAUCACCAGGAGGAGUCGCCCCUCAUCGUCCUCUCCCUUAUACUGCACGGAUUCGUUUGGCUCUUGGUGGUGCCCUGCUAAUGCAAUCGAGUAAUCUCAUCUAGUCUAGGCUUUCCAUCCGCGGUUUAGGUUCUUCCUUUCAAGCGCGCACAAGCAUCCACCCAGGUACGGGCUGGUGCAGUUUUUCUUCCCUGUCCCCUCAUGCCCUACGGGAGGUCCACCCCUGGCCCGGCCUCUCAAGCGUGGCUGGUGGGUGGACGUUGAGUGGUGCCUGCAGAGCCAUGGAUCAGGACACACCGACAUUGAAGCCGGGAUGGAUGCAGCAUGACAAGGCAGCAGGCGCUCCAAACAUCUGGACUAUAGCUUCCUCCCACUCAGAUUAUCAAGCUGCGGGUGGUUCGUCAAGAAGCCAUUCAUCUGAACAUUACCGUAACCAUGGUUCCCAGCAAUCAUCAUCAAGGAGAAGUUCAGGCUCGAAUGGAUCUCGCCAGCCUGACCGGGAUGCAAUUGGGAAGUCAAGGGACUAUUUCAAUUUCGGAAAGUCCAAGGACAGGGAUCGGCAGAGGGACUUUGAUUCCCGUGAUUGGGAGAGUAGGUCGGCUGGUGCAGUUCGUGAUGAUUUCAAGUCCUUCAGCACAUGCAAAUCUGAAAGGGAUAGGAUGAAUCAUGCCCGCUCAAAGGCAGACACAUGGAGUAAAGCCAGCGGUAGCACCUCUAGAAAUAAUGCAGUUAGUUCCUCUACUGGAACUGUUGUUAACUCUGUUAGAAAUGCAGCUUUGGGGACCUCCAUAAGCAAUGCUUCUGUACGGACCUCAGUAAGAAAUACUUCUAUUAGUAAUGCUGUAAGCAAUGCCAGCAAUGCUGCUAGCAUAACUUUUGAACGGGAAUUUCCGCAGCUUAGUUCAGAGGACAAAAAUGGAAGGCAAGGCAUAAGCAAAAUCCCAUCUGCUGGUAUCAGCACCUCAAUUCAGAAUGUACCUCUGGUAUCUUCUGAUGGCUGGAGCUCCAUGCUAGCAGAUCUUCCUUUAUUAAGUGAUCCAAAGAAAAGCCUAGCCACUUCUUCUCUAUUGCACAUUGCUCCUAGUAAACAGACUGAAGUGGUGCCAAACACUGGGACUGCAUUAAGCAUGGCAGAGACAGUGAUGCAAGCUCCUCUGAGAAUUUCCAUUGGGCCUGAGUUAUCGACCGAGGCUCAGAAGAUUGAAGAAAGAACCUUGAAGCAGCUUACUCUAAGACCUAUUACACCUCCAGCAAGCAAAUCUUCUGCUCUUAGUUCUUUGAAAAUAAAAGGUACAAGGCUUGGAGAUCAUCCUACUGGUCCUAGUAAGACCUCACAACUAUUAAAAAUACAGUCAGCCAACACUUCUUCUAGAGCUCCAGUUAAAGCAGAUGUUUCAAAGCUCUCUCAGCCAGGAAGCUUCCAAGUUCUCAGUCGAGAGCAAAACGGUACUGCACACACCGCCAAAGACUGUCCUGUGAAACCUGUGAGUCCUCCAACUCCUUUGGCGUCGCUGGAAACACAGAAAAAAACAGUGGCGAGCCAAAAGUUGAAGUUUGGCACCAAUGAGAGUCUUCUGCCCCUGCAAGGUCCAUCUCGUGACAGAAAGUCAAAUGCAAGAGACAAGGUUAGAUUCUUUGAGAUGCUACGGACCAAGUCUUCAAAUGGUUCAAGCACUGCCUUUGAGCCAGGAAGCCAACCAUCCCCAUCCAGCUUAGUUGAUGUGAAGCAGGAUUCUUCUCUUAAUCUUGGAAAUGACUUCCACGUGUUCUGUUCUGAGAUCAAAUGCACGGAGCACAGGAGGUGUUUCUGUGAAGAAGCAAAUUCUUCUGAUGGGUCUCAGAGGCACCUAUCUGAUACCGAGGAGCACAUUGCAUCCUUGAAACUGAGCGUUAUGGGUGGAAUGCCUCAGCAGCCUCUAGUUGAAAGGAGAGAAGCUAACUCAUCAUCUGAACCUGCGGACACAGGUGAUGAAGGAUUUCAGUCGUUCCUAUCGGACAGCGCAGAAGUCAGUUUGUCCUCAACACUUGCAGAUUCAGAUGAUGGAUGGAAUAGAUCCCAAUCUGGCAAUGAGGAAGCAAGUUCAUUAUCAGAGGAUACUGAAUCAGAUGAUGAUUUCCAUCCAGCUGACAUUUCUCCAGAAGAUAAGCGUUUCAUGAUGUUGCUUGGUUGGAAAGAAGAUGAAAUAGUGCAAGUGACACCUUUGGAUUUCGACGAGAUUGCAGACACGGUAAAAGGCUGUGAGGAACUCAAGAAGAAGCUUCAGUCUAUGCAGUUCAAUGAAGAAGUCAAGAGCAUUCUCCUCCAUAUUGAGCUGGACGAGAAGCAGCAGCAGCAGCACAAGAGUACAGGGGACUAAAGAUAAUUGGAACACCCGAGGCCGGCCAUGUUGGGACGCUGAGAAUCAUUUUUGGCAUGAGUUUUUGUCUUGGAUCGUUAGCAAGGCGAUAUAUUUUUUCCUAUAUUGCCGCGUGUCCAACAGUUAGGGAUUUAGUGCUCACAGAUAGGUCUGACAUGUUUUUCGCACACCGAAAGGAGCUUUGGUUUUCCCUGUGUAAGUCCGAUCUUGGAAUCAUGCUGCCACAUGCCUUUGUUUGCUGUUAAAAACAUGGGUUUUGGCAUGAAAAUGCAUCUCAAAAGGUUAAUUCAUGAAAAGACGUCUC